CAAGCCACACCUUGAAACUUGUGCCUGAGAGUGAAGAAGCAGCAGGAAGAGUCCAGGAACAAGACAUUGUUAGAGCUGCAGUUGUAUUGGGGUCACUCUAAGCCUGGGGACAGCAGACAUGUGCCACAGCCUAGCACACUGCUCGGGGGGCACCUAGUUGGCACCUGGUUUCAUUGGAGCUUUGGUUUCACUUGUGAUAUUACCUGUGGGUGAAACCACCAGGAAUAAACCACUCACAGGUCCUGGGAGGAAGAAGCUUUGUUGAAAGUGCUGAGUGCACCAAACCUAAUUAGUUAUUAGUGGUCAGGGAGACCAGACCCCCCCAGCACCUGGGCAGACAUGAAGGACACCGACCCUCAUCUGAAGUAUAACAACAGGGCACAGAAUCUAAAUGGAUUUGAAGAGGUGGUUGAAUUCCUACCUGCCACGAAUACCAAAAAAGUAGAGAAGACCGGUCCGAAGAGGAAGUUCAUUGCACUUGGAGUUGUUGUUGGAGCUUUUUUACUUUCACUUACAAUUGGGCUUCUAGUUUGGCACUUUGCAUACCGUAGUGUGCCGGUGCAGAAGGUCUACACAGGUUAUCUUCGGGUUACUAACUACCUUUUCAUUGAUGCAUAUGAGAACCCAUCAAGUCCGGAGUUUGCUGAACUCUCUGCAAAAGUUAUUAACGUGCUGCAGACCACAUAUCAGGGACAUCCCGAUGUUGGACCACACUUCAUACAGUGUAACGUAACUGCGUUCAGUGAGGGCAGUGUCAUUGCAUAUUACUGGGCGGAAUUUUCUGUACCGGCUUAUCGUGAAGCAGCGCUGGAUAAAGCAAUAAAUGAGCUGAAAGUGGAUAAUGUGAAGUUACGUAAAGGAACGUCUUUGGUUGUAGAAAACUUUGCAGUAUACGCGGUUGAUAUCCAGACAGCAAGAGAUUUCAGAAACUCCAAGUGCCGCUUUCCUUUGCACGCUGAUCCUGGUUCUGUGAAAAAAUUUUCAACCCCGGGCUUUCCAGACUUUCCGUACCCAGCCAAUGCCCUGUGUCAUUGGGCACUGCGUGCAGAUGCCAAUCACGUUAUCCGCCUCCAUUUCAAAACCUUCAAAAUGGAACCUUGUAAACCCCCGAAGGGAGAUUAUGUAAUGGUGUAUGAUUCGCUAACUCAAGCAGAGCCCAAGGCUAUAGUAAAGCUGUGUGGAAGUUAUCCGCCGUCCUACAAUCUCACCUUCGUGUCCUCGCAAAAUGUUGUGCUGGUGGCCCUUAUUACAGACAGCAAAGGAAAACACCCAGGGUUCAUGGCAGAAUUUUCACAACUACCAAAGAGAACACUCUGUGGUGGGUACCUCAGAGAUUCCAAUGGAAUUAUUACAACUCCGCAUUACCCAGCACAUUACCCUCCAAACAUUGAAUGCACAUGGGAUAUCCAGGUUCCUGGAGAUAAAUACGUAAAAGUCCGAUUCAAUAUGUUCUAUUUAGGGGACCAGAAGGACAACGCUUGUCUUAAUGAUUAUGUGGAGAUCAACAGUAAGAGGUACUGUGGUGAGCAGAAAAACUUGGUGGUCUCAAGCAAUAGCAGUCGAAUUGUAGUGCGUUUCCGAUCUGAUCAGUCGUAUACUGACACUGGGUUUACUGCCCAAUACCUCUCUUAUGAGCCUAAAAACCCUUGUCCGGACCAAUUUACUUGCAAAAGUGGACGCUGCAUCGCAACUGCGCUACAGUGUGAUGGGUGGAAUGAUUGUGGCGAUUUCAGCGAUGAGUCCUCAUGCAUAUGUUCAGAAUAUAUGUUCCGCUGUACGAAGAGCCAGUACUGUAAACCUAACUUCUUCAAGUGCGACGGAGUGAACGACUGCGGAGACAACAGUGAUGAACUGGAAUGUAAAUGUCCAGAGAAAAAUAUUAAAUGUGGUAAUGGAAAAUGUAUCCCUGAGGCUCAGAAAUGUGAUGGAACCGAUAACUGUGGAGAUGGUUCUGAUGAGUCAGAAUGUGGUAAAGCUGUGGCCACACCCUGCACUGAAAACACCUACAGAUGUAAGAAUAACCUGUGCAUAACCAAGAAGAACCCAGAAUGUGACAGUGAGAAUGACUGUACUGAUGGCUCUGACGAGGCUGACGCUACCUGCAACUGUGGAAAACGGCCGUACAGUCGGAAGUCUCGAAUUGUAGGAGGUGUAAAUGCAGACAUUGGGGAGUGGCCGUGGCAGGUCAGCCUUCAUACAGCGAAAGAUGGGCACACGUGUGGAGCGUCACUGGUUUCGCCUUCUAUAUUGUUGUCGGCAGCUCACUGCUUCCAGGACAUGCAAGGGAUUAGAUAUUCCGACCCAGCAGUGUGGACAGCAUAUCUUGGCUUGCACGAUCAAGCAAAGCGCACUUCCAACAAGGAUGUGGAGGUGCGCAAGAUUAAACGCAUUGUAGCUCACAAAGACUUCAGUGACUUCACCUACGAUAAUGACAUUGCCGUGUUGGAGCUUGAGCGCCCUGUAACAUACACUGACUUCAUUCAGCCUAUCUGUAUACCUGACAGCUCUUAUGACUUUCCUGCCGGCAAAUCCAUCUGGGUGACAGGAUGGGGAGCGCUGAGUGAAGGAGGUUCUGGAGCUGGAAUCCUGCAGAAAGCUGAAAUACGUAUUAUCAACCAGACGGAAUGUAACAAGUUUUUAGAUGACCAGUUGACUGUACGCAUGAUAUGUGCCGGAUUCCUUACGGGGGGCAUUGAUGCCUGCCAGGGAGAUUCUGGAGGACCUUUAUCCAGUGUGGAGAACAAUGGCAAAGUGUACUUGGCAGGCAUUGUGAGCUGGGGAGAGGGCUGUGCUCGCAGGAACAAGCCUGGCGUUUACACUAAAGUCUCAAAGAUGAGAGACUGGAUUAAGACCAAUGCCGGCCUUUAAUGGAGUUUUGAAAUCCAUAACGAUCCAGAGCUUCCUGCAUGCAUAUUGCUCUUUAACAUCUUCAUUGGAUUCUUUUUAAUGGUUUUAUCUUGAUUCUGUGAUUACUACAUGUUUUUGAGACGUUCAAUAAAACAAAGCAAAUAGGUACGUGAAGAGAAGGAAAGGACUUUGAGCCAUUUCUUACCUUGUCUUCUCAUCUUGAUGGACCAAGAGGAACUUUCCAUCAAGUGAUGUGAAAUCAGACUGUCCUUACCAGGAUUUGCCGCAAUAAAAUUCAACUGAUUCUGAUAUAUUGUACCUUGGUUGUGCUACAUAUAUUGGUUGGUUUUUCAACAGAAAAAUAGUUUUCCUGUCUACAUUUGGCAGAACUAGUAUAUUCAACUACACUCCUAAAUGAGAGAUUGCUGGUCAAAGAAGGGACAAAGUUCCAGAUCAACUGUAUAUCAGCACGAAAGAAACUGACUUUGAUGUUGGAAUCUACUAUAUAAUUGUACAGGUGUUUAAAGAGCCCUUGCUGGACAAACAUAAGAGCUCAUAUGCAAAGCAUUUGCCUUUGUUACUGCAAACGUAAAGUGGUUUUGGUUAUUUUUGUAGAUUCUUUUUACUAUUUACUCGUGUGUGUUUGUUUAAAAUGUUAAUGUUUAAAUGUCUUGAAUAUUAAUGUCAAAAGAAAAAUUAAACUAUUUUAUUUUUGUUAUUUCUUUACACCUUAAA